CGCAACAAAGAUGAUAUGGCGAUGAAAGAUGACGUCUACAUCCCUCUCAUCACGAAAAGGUCCGAUUUAAAGCCAGUGGAGGGCAAAUAUUGGACGAGAGCCGAAAGGAAACAAUGGGCAUCUGGUCUGUUUAUUGGAUGUGCAGUCUUAUACGCAUGUCGGACAGUUACUCCAUUGUGUGUGUCAGCCAUGGCCAAAGAGAUGGGGUGGGAUAAAACUCAAUCAGGAUCAGUACUUUCCUCCUUUUUCUGGGGGUACACCAUGACCCAGUUCCUGGGUGGAUAUUUAGCUGAUAAGAUAGGAGGAGAUGUCAUUUUACCUAUUGUAGCAGUAUUCUGGUCCAUGAUUACUUUCUGGACUCCACAACUUGUCAAUCUGUCCACAGACAAAAACCUCACCAUACAGAUCAUUGUUGUCUCACGGGUGUUCCUUGGCAUGUUCCAAGGGUUCCAUUAUCCCAGUUUUAGCUCCAUUAUGUCCAGGAAAGUUUCUGACCAGGAGCGCUCUUUCACCUAUAGUUUUAUUUGUUCUGGAUCUCAUUUUGGUACUUUACUAUGUGGAAGUAUCGGAUCUAUUCUUUUAGAAAGCUUUGGAUGGCAGAGUGUUUUUUAUUUUGUUGGUUUGUGCAGUAUCCUAUGGAUGCUGUGUAUGAGGUAUCUAAUUAUAGAGAGACACCGGAGGAAAUACCUCCAGCCCCCCACCCUCACCGUCAGUGACAACACCGUCCUGGCCGAGAAAUUCCCCGAGAAGAAAUCUGUGCCAUGGUUGAUGCUCUUUGUUAAACCAGCAUUCUGGUCCCUGUUGGUAGGACAUUUCUGUGAAAACAAUGCAUUUUAUAUCUUGCUGUCUUGGUUGCCAACAUAUUUCCAUGAAAAUUUCCCAGAUGCAAAGGGCUGGGUGUUUAAUGUGGUACCCUGGGUGGUAACCAUGCUUAGCUCCAUCUUCGGCGGCUGGCUCGCUGAUUACAUGUUGUCUAAAGGAUGGAGUGUAACAUUUGUCAGAAAAUUCAUAGAGUCUAUAGCCCUGUGUGGUACUGCCACAGCAUUAGUACUUCUGUCUUACACUAGUACUUAUGGGUCUGCUCUAGUGUUGAUGGCUAUUGCUGUGAUGUGUUGUGGUUUCCACAACAGCGGGAUACUGGUGAACCCUCAGGAUAUAGCUCCUACUCACGCAGGAUCUGUCUUUGGUAUUAUGAAUAUGGCAGGUGCUGUUCCCGGCUUUGUUGGUGUGUACUUGGCGGGCCAUGUACUGGAAGCCACCAAAAGCUGGGGAGCUGUGUUUAAUCAAACUGCUGGGGUGUGCAUGUUUGGAUGGCUGGUUUUUAUGAUAUUCGGGACUGGAAAACGUAUCGUGUAAUACAUAUCUUGCCUUGUACAUGUAUGUGAAAUCUUGACUCUGGUGUGAUAUGUGAACAUCUGCAACUGUAUUUAUUUAUGAGGUGAACUGAGAAAUAACAUAAGAGUUGAAAGAUCAACAAAAGUGAGAAAGGGGGAAAAGUU